GAGAGAUCGCAGCCGACAGUGCAUGGGGUGGACACUGGCGAGGACAGCCAGCUGCCUUGGGGGGACGAGGAAGUGCCCUGUGAAGACAGUGCCGAGGUGGCUCCACCUGAUGAGCCUCCGGCUAUGGAGCUGGAGACUGCGAAGGAUAGUGUAGAGCCAAUGGCAAUGAAUGGUGAUGUUCAGCCAGAGCCAAUGGAUGAUGCUGGACCAUCUCCGAAUGGUGAUGGUGAGGCCACGAAAGAUCCCACGAAGUUUGCACUUCAGUCAGAGCCAGUGGAUGAUGCUGGACAAUCUGAGAAUGAGGAGUCGGUGGAGCAGGAUGCAAAGCCAUUGAUUCCGGAGGGUGCAGUGGAGCUUCCUGAGUCUAUCAAGAAUCAGCUGAAUGACUAUGGACUGGAUGCAGAUCUGCAGCUGUUCAUGCAGCAGCGGGCCUUGAAAGCACAAGCCCGCGAGCAAAAGGCACAGAAGGUGCUGGAGAGUGCCACCCGGGCACAAGCGAAAGCGAAAGCCAAGGCGCAAGCCCAGACAGAGCCCGAAGCUGCAGCCAAGAGACAGCCCAAAGCAAAGGCCGGCCGAAAGCGCAAGGCAGACGAAGCAGCCGGCCAGAGUCCUGAAGCCCCGGUUGCGACUCCGGGUCCAGGGCAGGUGGUUACGACUGCUCCCGAUUCGGCUGGCCCUACAGAUAAGCCAGCUAAGCAGGCAAAGAAGGGUGAAGCCGUAGUUGGGGACAUCAUGCACCUGCUGGAGCCGGCCUUCCGUGUGGGAUUGCAGCGCCCGAAUGCAAAGGAGCAGACCCAGAAGUCCUACACGAUUGUGCCCCCAGAGACAAUCGAGUCUGGAAGCAAACUCCAGGUUAUUGCCAACAAAAACAAUUAUUAUGUCCUCGAGACCUGCCACUCCCCAUUGAUCAAGAUGGUGAUGGAACAGUUGAAGCUGAAGGUCAACGAAAAGCACGGCACGAACGUGAACUUCAACAGGUACAGCUACAAGUUCGGUUUCAAAGUUGCCAGGAUUCUUUCAGGCUGGAUUCCGGAGCCAGCGCAGCUUCCGGAGCCUGAUUCGAUCCAGGCGUUUGUGGAGGCUUCGGAGAUGGCAGCCUAG